CUGGAAAACCAACCAUAGUUAUUUCACGGACUACUACUCCUAACGUGUCAAUGGUGGAGAACUGAUCUGGAAAACCAACCAUAGUUAUUUCACGGACUACUACUCCUAACGUGUCAAUGGUGGAGAACUGAUUUCAUUGAAUUCAAAUGGUAAGAAAGAAAAAAAAAAGAGACAGAGAAGAAGGUAAUUUCUGUAUCUUUUUUUUUCGUAGGUGUGAAACCCCCUUUUUAUCCUCAAGCCAUCUGAAUCUUAAAGACUAUGAUUAUGAUCUUCGUGCUGCCCCUUUCAACAAGCUUAUUGAUGCCCUUGGUAUUUUGAAAACUCAAAACAAUAUGGAACUAAUAAUUGUGGAAGCGUCAAGUGGUGCUAUAAAAGAAAAUACAUCGCAUACCAUUGAAGACUCGCUAAAAAUCCUUGAAUGCAGUGUAUCUGCUUUGAAAAAAGAAGUUGCUCAUUAUAAAAAUGCCUCCUUGAAAACAUUUAAAAGGCUCAAGGUUUAUUCAUUGCAAGUAAUCAGGACUCAAGUCACUCUGAGUGAGAUGUCUCUGUAUGACAAAAAUUACUGGAAGUUUAUCGAAAAAAGGUCUGCUAAAUUACCAACAAACUGGAAUGAUGUGAUGUCCUCUAUAAUUACCUAGGCCAAAUAUAUGUAAUUGUUCACCUAAACAACAUUACAUGUAUUUUCCUAUCUGCCCAUAAUUAU